GGAGGCGUUGAACGCUGCCUGCGAGAGGCGUGGAAUCGACAUGUCGCGGAUCGAGGUGUUCGAUGGCUUCUCGCAGUCGUUAUUACCGAUCCACACCACGGAAACUUCGAACCUUGGUGGGAAGUAUUUACGAAUAACAGAGUUAUCGGUGUCGUAGCGGUCGUUUCUUCAGCGUUUCGACGGAGGAUUCGAGCGUCGACUCCGAGGUCGGUAGCAACACCACGCUGACAUCUGGUCGGAGUUCCGCUGGGGCUGCGGGGCUCAAGACCAGCAAACAGCGAUGGAGUGGCUUCUUCACCAAUACCAAAGGCACCAAACUCGAUCUACUUACCGCUCAGCUGGACGAUUAUGACAAGCACGGAGUGCCGAAACUUUCCGAACUGUCUUACGAGCUCACCUUCAAUGAAGAUGCCUUGUACAAUCUAGAACACGAUUGGCGCGAUAUUGUUCACAAUUCGGACCAACUAUCGGAGAAACAUCAGCAACAGCAAACUGCUCUAUGGGAGCUAGCUCAAACGGAAGUAGCUUACAUAAAGACUCUAAAGGUCGUGACAGAUCUGUUCAUGGCGUGCCUCUGCAGCCUGCAGGCCUCGAAUAUCCUGAACGAGGUCGACAGGACGAAGCUGUUCAGCAAUAUCCCCGAGAUCUACGCCGCGAAUCGCUACUUCUGGACUGAGUGCAUUCUAGUGAUGCUGAAUACAUCGAGGACCACUGGGCAACCGCUCGAUCCUGGCCACCUUCUGCAAGGUUUUGAGACGUUCGAGCAAACGUUCGCACCUUAUACCAGAUACUGCGCGGAGCAAAGCAAAUGUCAACAGUAUUGCCGGGACCGUCUGAACGAUAAUCAGCUAUUCACGGUCUAUCUGGUGUGGUGUGAGACUCAAAAGGACUGCAAUAGACUGAAACUACUCGACAUACUGGUGAAACCUAUGCAGAGGCUGACGAAGUACUCUCUCCUCUUGAAGGCUGUUCACAAGAACACAGAGAACGAGGAGCAACGAGCAGAAUUGACGCAUAUGAUCAAAUCUGUCGACGACUUCGUGGCAUCGGUGAACGCAGCCUUGAGGAGGAACGAAGAAACAGCGCGGUUGGCCGGUGCUGCAUCUCGAAUAGAGAGCUACGACGUGGUCGAAUCUAGAGACGAAGAAUUAGAGAAACUGAUUAAAAUUCACAGCACGUUCGACAUUACCACCGUUCCAAUGCCAGGCUGUCCGAAAGACAGCUUCAGAAUACUUCUUCGCGAGGGAGAUUUAAAGUUGAGGGAUGCUGCUAGUAGCAAGAUGGAAGUACACGUGCUUCUACUGACAGACAUGCUAUUGAUCUGCAAACCGUCGACCAAGAAAACUUCGUCCAGCGGGCUGACUGGCACCGUCGGGGGCGGUUUGAAGAUUAUAAGACAACCGUACGUUAUCGAUCGUAUCCGAAUACAUGAGUUGAAAGAGUCAAGCAGCUUAGGCUUGGUUUAUCUGAACGAGUACGGAGCAGUAUCAGCUGCUUUGGUUCUCAGCGCUGGAGAAUCAAAAUUAGCCAAGUCUUGGAUGGAGUCCAUAAGGAAAGCUCAGCAACAAUUCGCGUUGAUGAAAGUGCCACCGCUUGGCAACACGAUGAAUUUAGGCACGGUCAAUAGACAACCGAGCACAUUCCUCGGUGAAGUGGAAUUCGAGCCGGAGGAAUGCGAGGGUAUACCGAAAACACCUCGUGGGAGUAGCAGAGCGUCGAGAGUGAGCAGUCUCGCUCACAGUCAUAGACGAGGAUAUGAAAGCUUUAGCCCUAAUAGUCACGAAACUGCUUCCAGUGGAAGCAUAGAGAUGGAGGGUGUUUCGCCGGGAAGCAGCAGCUUCCUGCCCAGUUACAACCCAAGCAGAAAUGUCAGCGUAGAGACGAGUGAACCGCCGCGCGCCUCGAGCGUAUCAUCGGAAGAAGGAGGUGAGAGUUCUGGCCACAACCACAGACCCUUGCAAAUAAGACGAUACCCACUGAGUAAGUCACCGACGCCUAACACAUUGAGCGUCCAAGUGCCGGCGUAUUCUAGCUUGGGCCAAUCGCUGCCAAAUUUGACCCUAGCCACUUCGCCACAAACGUCAACCGUGUCUCCGACACCGCCAAACUCGCUUCUAAUCGUACCCCAAAUAACAAAGAGCAAGGACACUUUGCUUUCACCAGGGCACCGAGGUAGCAAUUACCCACGCGGGAGUAUCUCGUAUCCGCCACCGUCGCCCCCGAGAGGGGCGCUUAGAAGAGCGUUCGCGAUUCCUCAAUCGCGAAACCCACCUCUCGUUAAAACGAGACACAUAAGCACGUCUGUGACACAGACGAUUCAGCCUACCAUGAACCUAGACGCGGAAGCCAUCGAGGAGAGAAGAAGAAGGCUGGAACCUUCGCACCGAAUGCCAUCGACCAGCAGCAUCGCGGAGCAAAAGGUUCACUGUUUCAUCUAAGAUUACAAUCUGACAGGCAAUAUUGGUCUUUUUUAUAUUUUCUUUCAUAUUAUAUAUAUUAUAUAUAUAUAUAUGUAGUCAGAGAAAAUAGUUCAG